GGCAGGAUUGAACUGUAACAAAAGUGCCACAUUUUCACACUUUUAGCGCUUUAAUUGAAUUAAAACCACGUUUUCUGUUCUCAAGAGGAAGAUUACAGGUUUGCCGCCAUGUGGAUCCAGGUGCGCACUAUGGAUGGCAAGGAGACCCAUCGGGUAGACUCCCUGUCCAAGCUCACCAAGGUGGACGAGCUACGUGUGAAGAUUGCCGAGCUCUUCAAUGUCGAAGCUGAGAGGCAGCGACUCUUUUACAGAGGCAAACAGAUGGAAGACGGCCACACAAUCUUCGACUAUAAUGUUGGGUUAAACGACAUCGUGCAACUUCUGGUGCGUCAGAAGCUCACGUCGGCGCCACUGCCGAAGGACAAAGAGGCCGAGCUGUCCGACUCUGACUCCGGCUGCGGAUCGGCCCAGAGCGAGUCCGAUAAGAGCUCCACGCAUGGUGAGAGCGACGGCCAAGGCGCCGGGACCUCGGGCCAGACUGACACGCCGGAUCUCAUCGACCCUGGCUUUGGCUUUUACAAGAUCAAUGAGUUUGUGGAUGCUCGAGUCUUGAACAUGGGUGCCUGGUUUGAGGCGCAGAUAGGUUGGGAUUACAAAGAUUUUUACCCUGAGAAUGGCGUGGUGCAGCUGUGUGGAAAAGACAUCCGACCGCGGGCGCGCACCGUCUACCAGUGGCAUCAGCUGGACCAGGGCAUGAUCGUGAUGGUGAACUUCAACCCGGACGAGCCCAAGGAGCGCGGCUACUGGUAUGACGCCGAGAUCCAGAGGAAGAGAGAAACACGCACCCAGCGCGAGGUUUAUGGCAAGAUCCUGCUCGGAGACGCUGGCGAUUCUCUCAACGACUGCCGCAUCAUGUUUGUAACCGAAAUCUACAAGAUCGAGGAGCCAGGAAGUUCGGAGGGUCCAGGAGCCUCUUCUGACAGCCCUCUCAAGAGGUCGAACGGACCUGAGUGCAAGGUCUGCAAAGAUGACCCGAAGAAGAACUGCCGCAUGUGCAACUGUCACGCUUGCGGUGUGAAGCAGGAUCCCGACAAACAGCUGCUGUGCGACGAAUGCGACAUGGCGUUUCACACCUACUGCCUGAACCCGCCGCUCACCACCAUCCCUGAGGACGAGGACUGGUAUUGUCCUGAAUGCCGUAAUGACGCCAGCGAGGUGGUUCUGGCCGGAGAGAAGCUGAAGGAAAGCAAGAAGAAGGCCAAGAUGGCGUCGGCGAGCUCAUCCAGUCAGAGAGAUUGGGGGAAGGGUAUGGCGUGUGUCGGCCGCACUAAACAGUGCACCAUCGUUCCUUCCAACCAUCACGGCCCUGUUCCUGGAGUCCCAGUGGGAACGCUGUGGAAGUUCAGAGUGCAGGUGAGUGAAUCCGGCAUUCACAGGCCUCACGUCGCUGGGAUUCACGGCAGGAGUAACGACGGCGCUUAUUCUCUGGUUCUCGCCGGGGGCUACGAAGAUGACGUGGAUGACGGUAAUGAGUUCACCUACACGGGAUCUGGGGGUCGUGACCUCUCGGGAAACAAGAGGACGGCCGAGCAGUCCUGCGAUCAGAAGCUCACCAAUAUGAACAGGGCUCUUGCUCUGAACUGCAAUGCGGCGGUGAACGAGAAGGAAGGCGCCGAGGCCAAAGACUGGAAGGCUGGGAAACCUGUGAGAGUCGUGCGCAGCUCCAAAGGACGCAAACACAGCAAGUACAGUCCCGAAGACGGCAACCGCUACGACGGCAUUUACAAGGUGGUGAAGUAUUGGCCAGAAAAGGGCAAGUCCGGCUUCCUCGUUUGGAGAUACUUGCUGAAACGUAACGACGAUGAACCUGCGCCGUGGACCCGUGAUGGGAAAGAGCGCAUUAAGAAACUGGGGCUCACCAUGCAGUAUCCUGAAGGUUAUCUGGAAGCAGUAGCUGCGAAAGAAAAGGAGAAAGAGAACAAAAACGAAGAUGAUGACGACGUUGAAGAAACGCCCACCAAGGGCAAGAGGAAGAGGAAAUCCCAGACCGUGGACGAGAAGAGCUCUCCGGCCAAAAGCACGCCUAAGAAGAUGAAAGUGGAGGCAUACAAACUGAGCAAAGAGCAGAAGGCCUUGAUCAAGGACGACGAGCUCAACAAGAAGCUGUGGGACGAAGCCAUGGAGUCUCUCAACCUUGGACCUCGCUUCAUCAAUAAAGUGGAGGAAGUUUUCCUGUGCAUCUGCUGCCAAGAAGUCGUCUAUCAGCCCAUCACCACAGAAUGCCAACACAACGUCUGCAGGGAAUGCCUUCAGCGAUCUUUCAAAGCCGAGGUCUACACCUGUCCAGCCUGCCGACACGACCUGGGCAAAAACUACCAAAUGACGGUGAACAAACCUCUCCAAGCCAUCCUCACUCAGCUCUUCCCCGGAUACAGCAGCGGCCGGUGUUGACGCUGAUGCUGUCGGCACGGCGACGCGGUGCGACAGAAUUUCAUGAACGAAACAGGGAUUUCGUUUUAAAAAAAAUUUUUUUUAUAUGUAUUUAACAAAUGCAUCAGGUUGUAGAAUUGAUGGAAACACCUCUGCCUUGAUUGAACACCGCUACUUGAUUUGGCCCUGUUUUGUGAUCUGCCUUUAUCUAGCCACUUGACUUCUGUACGUUGUAGUUAUUUCUUAUGAAUUGCGAUCUUCGUAUUUACGAGUAAAGUGAUUCUAGUCGUGUUUUAGCUAUAGCCGCUUCAAGUGACGUAUCGUUGCCGCCUUGUACCCUACACCAGCACAAUGAACCAUAGCUAUGCACAAUUACGAUGUUCGUUAAUUUUUCACUGCAAUUUGUCAUUACAAUGAUUUGUACGAAAACGCUGGCUCUAGAAUCCCGUUAAAAAGAUCUUGUUGCUUCGUAAGUGCGAUUGACAUUUUUACUGUACCAUCGUUAGCGCUAACUGAAUUUAAUGAACGCUAUGUUUGAUGUUAACAAGCUUACGUACGAAUGCUAUUUAGAAUGGUUGAGUUUAAGGUGCUGUAGCAGUAGCGUUUUUACCAUCGUUAACGAAGAACUAUCUAUGCACUUACGAUGUUCCUUAAUUUUUUUGCAAGCAGUAAUUUGACGUUGCAAUGAUUGGUGUGAAAGCGCUGACUCUGGAGUCCUGUUAAAACGAUUCAGCGCGUUUGCGUUUUUACUGUACCAUCAUUAGCGCUAACUAAAUUGAAAAGAAAUAGCUAUGUACUAUAUACAAUGUUUGCGAUUCUAAUAUCCCAACAGGUUUUUCCAUUUAUUACAUUAACAAGCCUUCGUACGAAUGUUAAUGUCAAAUAGUUUAUGGUGCUGUAGCAGUAAUGUUUUUACUGUACCAUUAUUAGCGCAAACUAAAUUUAAAUAAACUAGCUAUGCACUACGAGGAUGUUUGCGACGUUAUCAACUUUUUUUUCACCAGCAGGUUUUUGUCAUUUAUGACAAUGACAAGCCUUCGUACAAAUGCUAUUAAGAUCUGUGAGUUUAAGGUGCCGUAGCUUUACUAGUGCACAAACGUUUUUACGUUUUGGCUUCAUUAAAUCUUUUAUUGUACUGCCGUUAUUGGUAACUAAUGAAAUUGAAUUAAAAAAAUUAUUCAUUUUAACCUAUUAGUAAUUUACGUUAAAAAAAACUCUACAUUCGUUGAACUUAUCCAGUUUUUUCUCAUGCAUUUUGAUAAGCAACUAAAUUUUAAUACGCUCUGAAAUGAAUAGAUAUUUUUCUGUUUCGUUUAUUUGUUUUGCUGUUUAACUGCUGUAUGUGCUUUAGAAAUGGAUUGUCAUUUUUCCACUAACUUCUGCCGUUAUGCAAACAGUGGUCAUGCGCAUAAAACUGAUCCGCGAUCUGCAUUUCAGGUGCUGUUUUGAGUCGAUCCCAGAUCCGGUUUUAAGCGCUCCUGGUCUGCCUUGACUUUUUGAAGGUUUUCAGGAUAAAUCCUUG